GAGAGAGAACAGCUUAUCCGAUCAGAUAUCCAAUCGGAUACGUUCAGGCGAGCUGAAACGGAUUGAAACCGAUAGGAUAUAGUGAAACCCAUGCCAAAGAUCUACUUACGCCAAUCGAUUUACAUUAGGAAACCUCGAUAAACUCGAUCGCACGAUUCCACGAAGAUUCCGGAGAAGGGAUUAAUCUCAGAUCGUAACGGGAGAGGACUCCGGAGAGAGGAAAGAUAAUCCGGAGACGCAUCGAGAUGGCGGCGCCGGUGAUCGAGAAGAAGCGUUUCUUCUGUCGGGAAUGGGCCUUCAUGAAGCUGUCGUACUGCCUGGAGCAGCGGCCGCAGUCGAAGACGUGCGGCGCGCUGAUCGUGGGCGGGCCGGGAAGCGGAAAGACGGCGCUCUGCGCCGAGCUGGCGUGGCCGUCGAACGGCGCCUCGGCGAGACAUCAGCGGUCCCUGAAUCGCCGUCUGUUGGCCCGACACUUCUGUCAGGCCAGGAGCGAGGCCUCUCUGUCGCCCGCGCAGUUCGUGCGAUCCCUGGUCGCCCAGCUGCUCCAAGCGAGCUCGGACGGCGUCCAUUAUCGGCCCGCCGUCGCGACCUCGCCGGCGACGGCCGUGACCGCGACCGCGACCACCACAACGAUGCUCACGGUGACAACGACAACGGCGACAACGACGACGACGGCGGCGGUGGUGGCGAUGCCUACAACGACGGCUACGACGACGACGACGACGACGACGACGACGACGACGACGACGACGGUCGCGCCGCCUCUCACGUCCAGGGAGGCCGUCGCGGAGGCCUACGCCGAGAAGCUGCGAACCGAUCCAGAGAUUCAGGCCGCACUACAGCCAGACGUCCUGGACCGGGACCCCGACGACGCCUUGAAGAAAGCUCUGCUGUUCCCGCUGCUGGAAGUGGAGCCGCCGAAGAACUGUCUCUUCCUGCUGGUGGACUCCAUCGACGAGGGCCAGACGCUGAAUCCGCCGCAGACAGGCACCAGGGACUCGCGGAGAGAGAACGACAAUGUUAGUCGUACAAUAGCUGAAUUACUGGCUAAUCACCACCAUCUGUUCCCACAGUGGCUCUUGUUAGUCUGCACCGCUCGACGGCAGAGCAAGACCAUCUCGCGCAUGUUCACCGGCUUUCGCAAGAUCUCGCUGGACGACUUGAGAAAGUCCCAGGUCGUCACGGAUGUUCAGCAGUACAUUCUCGCACGGCUGGAUCAGGAGGACGCGCUCAGGCAGCACAUCUCGCGCGACACCGCCGAGAUGCUGAACCAGCUGCACAUAAAGAGCAACGGCUGCUUUUUGUACCUGGAGAAAGUUCUCGAUGGCGUGGCGGAGAACUUUAUUGUUCUGCGCGAGGUGCGGGAGAUCCCGGGGACGCUGAACGGCCUAUAUCUCUGGCUCUGCCAGCGACUCUUCAGCAGGAAGCAAUUCAGCAAGGUGCAGCCGCUACUCAACGUCAUACUCGCCGCCAAAUUGCCCAUCACUCAGGAGGUCCUGUACGAGAGCGUAAAGACGGCCUGCGUCGGCAUCACCGUGGAGGACUUCAAUCGCCGGCUCCAUUUGCUACGCCGGGUGAUAUCGGUCUCGCGUGCCGGCGCACUGAUGCUCUUCCACCACAGCUUCGCCGAGUGGCUGCUGGACGUGAAGCACUGCACUCAGAAGUAUCUCUGCUCGGCCACCGAGGGCCACGCCAUGCUGGCGGCCUACUACACCCUACGCGGCCCCGAGCUCAAUCCCGACGAGAUCUGCGUGCUGGCGCAACACCUGCAACGCGUGAUAACGAGCACUUCGGUUAGCACCACGCUGGAUAUCCACACUCUUCAAGUUCUCUGGAUGAUUGGUAGUAACGCGCCGGUCGAAGGCUGUUAUCUAGAUAGUUCUGAAUGCAUUCUUUGGCCCAGACAGGACGUUAAGCUUCUGAGACUGCUGAUUGACGCCGGCGCUAAAUCCUCUGAGAAAACGGUCGAUGAUGACGCUAGCAAAGAUGCUAUUUCUUCUAGUCAGGUUUCGCAAGAUGUAAGCCCCAUUGAAGAAUCUCCGAAUGAACCGUUAACAGAGCUUCUCGGUGAAAGCGGAGAUAUCAAUCAAACGGACUCUUAUGGACGAACGGUGUUACACACUUUAGCCGCCGAUGGCAAUGCAUCUCUGUUGGAAUUGGCGCUUGCAGCCUGUCCCCAGGCAAAAUUGGAAGCGGUCGACCGAAAUGGACAAACGCCACUGAACUUGGCCGCCAGGCACGGUUACGCGGACGUAGUGCGUGUUCUUCUAGCUGCUGGCGCGAGAGCGGAUCAUGCGGACUGUGAUGGCUGGACCGCUCUGAGGGCUGCUGCCUGGGGAGGACAUACACAGGUGGUCGAGCAACUUCUGAAGCACGGGGCUAUGGUAGAUUGCGCGGAUUGGGAUCAACGAACUGCGCUAAGAGCCGCCGCUUGGGGCGGCCACGAGGACAUCGUAAAGGCUCUCUUGAAACACGGUGCGGAUGUUAACAGAACGGACGACGAGGGUAGAACCGCAUUAAUCGCGGCGGCGUAUAUGGGUCACAGCGAGAUCGUGGAACAUCUUUUGGAUUUCGGUGCCGAGAUCGAUCACGCCGACAGCGACGGCAGAACCGCACUCAGCGUCGCCGCCCUUUGUGUUCCUUCAAAUCACGGAUAUGCGAAGGUAGUGGCGAUACUUUUGGAGCGAGGUGCCACUGUCGAUCACGAGGAUAAAGACGGCAUGACUCCAUUGUUAGUCGCCGCGUUCGAGGGUCAUCGCGACGUGUGCGAUUUGCUUCUGGAAUAUGACGCGGAUAUGGAUCAUUGCGACGUCACUGGGAGAACGCCUUUGUGGGCGGCCGCGAGUAUGGGACACGGAUCGGUCGUCAAGCUUUUGCUAUAUUGGGGCUGCUGCGUCGACACUAUAGACAAUGAAGGCAGGACUGUUCUCAGCGUGGCCGCUGCCCAGGGCGGCACAGACGUCGUGAAGCAAUUGCUCGCCAGAGGCUUAGACGAGCAGCACAGAGACAAUUCUGGCUGGACCCCACUACACUACGCAGCAUUUGAGGGUCAUAUCGACGUUUGCGAGGCGUUACUAGAGGCAGGCGCAAAGAUUGACGAGACGGACAAUGACGGAAAGAGCGCUAUUAUGCUCGCGGCACAGGAAGGGCAUACGUCAUUGGUGGAAAGGUUAUUAAAACAACACGGUGCGCCUAUAGAUCAGCAUGCUCACGAUGGUAAAACGGCUUUAAGGCUCGCGGCUUUAGAAGGAUAUUACGAUACCGUUAAGAUAUUGUUAUCUCAUAAUGCUGAUGUCAACGCGAAAGAUGCCGAUGGAAGGAGCACUUUGUAUAUACUCGCAUUAGAAAACAGAUUAGCUAUGGCGAGGUUUCUGUUAGAACACGCGAACGCCGACGUAGAAAGUAGAGAUUCAGAAGGUAGAACAUCAUUGCACGUAAGCGCUUGGCAGGGACAUGUGGAAAUGGUAGCAUUAUUGUUAACCGAUGGUGGAGCUAGCGUGAACGCUUGCGACAAUGAAAACAGAACACCGCUUCAUUCAGCCGCUUGGCAAGGACAUGCGGCGAUCGUCAGACUGCUUCUGGAACACGGUGCCACUCCUGAUCAUACUUGUAAUCAAGGUGCAACGGCUCUGGGUAUAGCUGCUCAAGAAGGACACGAACACUGUGUUCGGGCGCUUUUAAAUCAUGGAGCUGAUCCAAAUCAUUCUGAUCACUGUGGACGGAACGCUAUUAAAGUAGCCGCUAAAAGCGGUCACGAUACAGUUGUCAGGCUGUUGGAAGAGCAUUCUGCGAAUCAACGCAGUUUGAGGCCCGGUAUCAAUGGAGGUGGUAGCAGUAGUGCUACUUCUGUUACAUCCAAUUCAACGGCUGAGACUAAACCUUCAUCGGCAAUUCUGAAUCCUCUGUCGACACAAUAUAGUCCAGCAGAAUCACCCGAUUCAACAAAACGACGCAGCUGUGUUUCUCUGGGUAAUAAUUCGAGCAACAGCAAAUCGAGCAGUAAUUUAACCGGCAGCACUAAGAGCGAUCAAGGAAAAUUCAAUCAAAAUUCGAUGGUUAAUUGUCAGGUAAUUAAAACACCGUUAUCUUUCACGCAACAACUACAGCAAUGCUCAAGAGGAGCAAAGAGUCGGCCUCUUAGCAAAUUAUUGUCACCUUUGAAAAGCGAGCCGCAGAGUCCGAUAUACGCUUCACCUCCGCACUCUCCGUUAAGCGACAGUCUUAUUCCUUACUCGCCUACAAACACGAGUCCACCCAGUGCUCAAACGGCUGUCAAUGUCAUACAGAGUCAGUUGGGUGUGUCGUUGAUGGCAGCAAAUCCGAAUAUGCCGUACAAAACGCAGAUGGCAGGAUACAAUCACACUCCAGUCAUCUACGAACCUAUCAACAUCAAGACUGAGAUUAUCGACAGGAAUAACCUUAGCAAACCGUUCGAAUUGACGAAUGAAAUGUUAGGUUUGAGCAUUGGGAAAGAUAAGGAAAACGGACAUGAGGAGAAACGAAAUUCAGCCGACACGCAUUUCACGCGAGACACUCAUAUGAGAAUAAUAUUAGGAAACAGCGGCGCUGGCGUUGGUAGAAGUGUUAAGCACAUUUCAGAUCACACACCUGGAAGACUUUGCAGAAGUCACAAUGGUCGUAUAAGGAAGACACACCGCUUCAUGAGCGAUAGGCUCUCCUUCCUUUUUCAACCCUCCCGAGCGAAAAAAGAUAGAAUAUGUAGUCAAGGAGGACAUACGACAAUUGCAAGUAAUGUAAAACCAAAGCGUAAUGGCUUGGUAUCCAAUCCAGCCAUGAGAUUAGUAGCAGGCGUUAAAAAUGGAAUUGAAAAUGCUACAAAUAGAAAUAAGCCUAUUACAACGCGCGUAAAUGGAUUCCAGUGGAAAGCGGAAGCGCGCAAGGAAACGCCCUUGUAGGGACAGGCUGUACCUUAUGGAUUGUCUCGGCGAAGACCUGCAAACCAAUACCAUGGAUGGCGAUCUGUCGCGAAUAAAAAGCGAAAGUCAAUAAACAAAUUUUUCUCUGUUUAUUUGAGCAAAAUCAAAUUACCUCAAAUAAAAAGGAAGAGAAAGGAAGAAUGAAUAUACCGACAUGGAGAAACAGAAAUUGCGUAGCACACAAAACCAAAUAUUAAUUUGCAUAGGGAAAAUAUAUGUAGACAUAGAUAUGUAAACUUGCAAAAACAUGACUUUGUAUAAACAUAACGUUAUAAUGGAAUUAUUUACUGAUCUCACUAAUAUAAUGCAUACAUACACAUAUACAUACGUUUGUAUUGAGUGUAUGUGCAUGUGCAUGUAUGCCUGUGUGUGAAUUACGCUUAUACAGAAUAUCGCAAACACUGCCCAGUCUCCGAAUCGAUUUUAGAGGAAAAACUGUUUUGAUUCGCAACAAUUGAAAAUAAAGAGAAAAUGCUGAAGUUAUCGCGAGAAAUUGAUCAGGUUUGGAGGUAUUCUGUAUAUAUAUUUAAAAAAUUAUUAAAAUUUUGAAGAGAGAGAGAGAGAGAGAGAGAGAGAGAGAAAGGAACUUUAAUCGUGAUGUUAAUGCCAGGUUAGACGAUAUAAAGUUUAAUGAUGAAAAUUUCUUCAGAAGACUGGAUGCAAACAGAAUGCAUAUGUGAUCUUUUAAUGGAUAACUUUGAAUCGAAAGAGGAGAUACUGUAAAGAUAUGUAUAAAUUAUAUUAAGAAAAGUUAAAGAAAAAACGAUAUUACGAACUCAUUACAAAUACGUAAAGUUAUGGCCUGAAAAUGAGGAACGUGUGUAAAUACAGAUCCCCUCGUAAUGUCCCUCACGCAACAUAUUUAUUAUACUGUAAUAGGUGCGAAAUAAAUAAAA